UGGCCUUUUCUACAGCAUCUUCACCGACCAGCUCAAGUGCAAUCUGUCUGUCCUGAACUUAGACCCGGAGAUCAGUCCCGAAGGAUUCGGGAUCCUCCUGGAUUUUAUGUACACCUCUCGUCUGAACCUGCGAGAAAGUAACAUCCUGGCAGUGAUGGCCACAGCCCUCUACCUGCAGAUGGAACACGUGGUGGACACCUGCCGGAGGCUCCUGAACUCCAGCGAAACGGAAAUGGUCUCGGCAGCCAAGACCUCCCGGGAAGACAUUUUAGCCAACCAGAUGCUCAGCCAACCAAACAUGAUGGCUUACAGGAGCCGAGAUAUCUCGGAAAGCAACUUACCUCUUCGGAAUGGUCCCGUUUGCGACGGGCGAGCCUUCAUGCCCGGUUUGUACAGCAGCAUGUCGGGAUCCCCCAUGUCCUACACUAGCUACAACACUGUGCCCAUCAGCGGGUACCUCUACUCGGACGAAGAACUACGAGACGCAAGGAUGUCCGUCUCGGAGGCAUCGAGAGGGCACCCCUUUUCACGAGAACGCGCGCCGCCCUGCAGCAUGUCCCGGGGUAGCGCCGCCGAGUUUGCCAGGGCGGUGGCUAAUAUCUCGCCCAGCCUGUGCCGCCCUGCCGUCUACUCUCCGAAGGAAGAGACGGCCGAGGAGAACAAAACAGAUGUCCGCUACAGCGCUGCUACGGGUCCUGACCCGGCACCCUCUCUAACUCACAGCAACGCCUAUUUUGCAAGCAACAAAACAAGCAAGGAAGAAGAGAGGCCAGCUGCCGAAGCCAAGAGGACCCAACGCUUCGAGGCCACCAACGCACCCCUGAACCGGAAGGUGGUGACCAGCCCUCAGAGCCCCCAAAAGUCGGACUGCCAACCCAACUCGCCCACCGAGUCCAGCAGCAGUAAGACCGCCUGUAUCAGUCCGAGUGCCGCGUCGGCGAAGAGUCCCACCGAUCUCAAGGCGUGCAACUGGAAGAAGUACAAGUUUAUCGUGCUCAAUUCGCUCAACCAGAAUGCCAAGGAGGAAGGGCCCGAACACACCGAGGCUGGGACGCUCUCCCCGCAGCCGUACGUCCCCUCGUUGACGUGCCAGCAGUCCCUGGAGCCUGAGAACAUGGAUGUGCAGUCCCCAACCAAGCUCAACAUCAAUGGGGAAGACUCAACUAUUCCGCAAGCGAGCCUCCUAAACAAUAUUCUUAACAGGUCACUUGAUGGUUCUCCUCGGAGCAGCGAGGACCAGUCCCCGUUGUACCUGCAUUCGUCCAAGUGCAGCUCAUGCGGUUCUCGAUCGCCGCAGCAUUCGGAAAUGUGCCUUCAUACCCCUGGAUCCAACUUCGGAGAAGAAAUGGGGGAAACCCAGUCUGAAUAUUCAGAUUCCAGUUGUGAAACCCGGUCCUUUUUCUGCAAAGAGUGCCAGUGCCCGUUUUCGGAAGAGGCCGCGUUCAAGAAACAUUCCCUGCAAACGCACAGUGACAAACCCUACAAGUGUGACCGUUGUCAGGCCUCGUUUCGCUACAAGGGGAACCUAGCCAGUCACAAAACCGUGCACACAGGUGAGAAGCCCUACCGUUGCGGCAUCUGCGGGGCGCAGUUCAACCGACCAGCCAACCUCAAGACACAUACGCGGAUCCACUCCGGGGAGAAACCUUACAAAUGUGAAACUUGCGGAGCCCGCUUCGUGCAGGUUAGUCAAAAGAUGUUUGAUCCGCCUGAACAAAUCUUUAAACCUUUUGGGGCACACAG